AACGUCCGCAGCGUUUUGUAAUAUUUGUAUAGCAACAAUCAUGUCAAACGUGUGAAGUGAGCUCUCCAAAGAGAACAUCUUUAGAAUAGCAAGUCAUCUUAGCAGUGUGUGACAAUGGCAGGAUUCUUGGUCAAAGACACGCUAACCGUGCUGACACAGACUGGGGAGUGCAACAUCCAACUGUGUCUUGGUGACAUCACUAAACUGAAACAUAAAGACAAAGUGGACGUUAUUCUCAUCUCAGCUUUCCAAUCUGAUUACACCCCGAGCGUAUCGUCUGUGAUUGGUGCUUUGCUUCGUAAUCUGAAGAUCAGCGUUCGGGUUCUAGCCAGGGACAAGGAGGAGGAUCUGAGGCAGUUUUAUCAUUGCUGGUGGUCCAAGCCUCUCCCAGAGGACAAACCUUACCAGAGAUUGCUCUGCUUUGAAACAAAAACAUUUGGAUCAAGGCGUCCACAGGAGUUGGUCGGUGAUGUUUUUAGAUGUCUGGUACCCAUACUUAACAACCAAGAUGGCACAGUGAUUACUCCAAUGUUGAACACAGGGGACCAGGGUUACGGGAGAGUUGUCAUGCUGAAGGGAAUGGUAGAAGCGGCAGUCAAUUGGAUGAAAGCUGGGCUCCCUCUCCGUAAACUCAUGAUUGUCCUGUAUUGCCGUGGUGAUGAUGAUGCUGCGAUGGAGGCAUCUGGUGCUAAGCAGUUCAGUCAUGUCUUCAAGCAGUUUGCUGAUCUUAAAGACCAGUACAUGAUGAAGGACUUGACACCUAAGGAAGUUACAAUAAACUUUGAUGUCUACCUGUCCUUCAGCAUAGACGACAAGGAAUUUGCCUCUGUCAUCACAGACAAGCUCCUCUUGAAUAAGUCUGACAUCCGCAUCUUUGACAGCAGUCAGAAGAUGAUCUGUGAGGAUGUUUGGCAGGAAGAGAUGUAUGACGUGAUGAUGCACAGUGCCAGCGUCAUUACAGUGCUGACGCCUAAUUACCUUCAAAGCACAUCUUGCAUAGAGCAGUACAACAUUGCUCUCUGCUGUUCAAGAAAUGCAAACAGGAAUAUGCUGGCACCAUUCUACAUAAAGGAGAGUAGCCUCCCUACGUACAUGACCCAAGUGCAAUAUGUGGACUGCAGGACCAGUAGUGUGGACCGCAUCGGCGAUGCAUGCCACCAGAUUGUUUUGUCCUUCAGUGUCACCUUGAAGGCUAAACCUUUGAUAGACCCAACCAUCCAGUACGACAUCUUCAUUUCCUACUCUCAUAGCGACUCGGAGAGGGCAAAUCACAUUGUGAAGUACUUAAAGGCUCUCAACCCAGACCUUAGACUGUUCUUUGAUAUGCAGGAAUUGAAAACAGGUAGCGCGUGGCAGCGUAUGUUGUAUCAUUCCAUAGAUGGUUCUCGUGUCAUGUUGUCCUUGGUAUCUAAUAAAUACUUGAGCUCAGCGGUAUGUCAAGAGGAGUACAAUUUAGCUUUGGCUAAACACUGCUCUGAGGAUUCUACCCUCAAGUUGAUCCCUCUGUGCAUUGAAGAUAUCUUUGGGGUUACUCCUGAUUUCACCAAGGUCAAGAUGGUGAAUGCUAAAGGUGAUAACUUCCUUCAGGCAGCAGAUACAACCUGUUCAGCAGUCGUUGAUUGGCUGGCUGGGAAGAAGGUUGAGUCAGACCUGAAGGCAGUGUUUGACAAAACUGAGGACUUGAUACUUGAUGUGGACACAGUUUUGGAAAGCAUGCGCCGUCUUCGUUUCCAAGAGAAGUAUGGUGACAAACGGAAUCUGAUUAAGAAAGAGCUGAAAUUUCCAACGCAUCUUCUUGACUCUUUGCCAAACAGCCUUGAGAUUGCUAGUGAUAAAGACGACGAUGCUAGUAAGUGCGAUGUUGCAUUCAGCUACGCUAAGGAGGAUACAAAAUAUGCCAUCUAUCUCGCUGAGAAGUUUGGUCUGGUUUCCGAUCUCGUGGUCAACACCCAACCCUCAUCUGACCUUGAACGACUCUCUCUCAUCGAUCAAGCCAAACACAUCAUCGUCAUCCUAUCCCCACAUUACAUUGACUCUCUGGGGAAAUGUGAAGAGUUCAACAUAGCCCUGUCUCGUCAGCGAAUGGUUUCUAGACGGAUUUUAUUUCCAGUGCAAGUCCACGUUCUUCCACAACGACCCACGUACUUUCGACUGGUACAGUCUGAUUUCAAUUCAGCAGACAAAAUGUGGCCCGAGUUGUGCAAUUCACACAGGAUGACAAUUGGCCCCACCUUAGAUGUGCUUGACUCACACCAUUUUGAUAUCUUUGCACCUACUAAGUUUGCUCUUCAUGUUGCAGCUUUGGAGAUAUUAGAGGAGAUUAAGACACAGAGAUUAACUCCUGAAUCAACAAGUGGUGUCAAGCCAUCGUCGACUCUCAGAAACAUAUUGGCAAUCAAGGGAGAAACAGAUCAAGCUUUUGGGGAAGGAAGUACAGAUUCUGUAGGAGAGUAUCUACUGUCAUUGCACUUCCAAGUAAACAACAGCGGACAGCUACCUUCACAAGUUGACCCUGUGAAGCAGCCACCUUCAGAGAACUUCUCAGUGAAAGAGGAACAUUCAAAUGGUCAUACAACAUCUAAUAAUAACUCGGCUCAAAAUAAACUGGAUGGAAGUGGUUCUAACCAGUCAGUCCAUUGUACAGAGGAACUGGUUUUGACUGGUUCACAACCUUCCAACCACCCGAGGGCAGCUAAACCAAGUGCUGAUAAUGGUAUUCAGAUUGAACCAGAACCGGUUGCUGAGGGGAGUUCAAUCGAGCAAGGUAAAGCAGCUGAUACCAGUUCAAACCAGUCAGCUGGACAAGAACAAAAUGAUCAAAGGAAAGGUAGCGUGUCGUGCCUUGUUCUGUGAAGUCCAGAACUCUUAGUAUCAGAGAA